AUGCCAAAGAAGCAGGCGGAAGCCGACGAGAAUCCUCCGAAGGCUGGUCGGCAAGCUAAGCGCAAGGCUGCCGCUGCUUCAACCGACAAUGGCACCGGGCCUGCAAACGAGGCUCCAGCUGCCAAGCGGCCACGAGGUCGACCACCGAAGGCCGUGGUGGUGGAGCCGCUAGCACCGACGCCUCUUGCGACUACGGUGGCUCGGAAGUCGCGAAAAAAAGCAGAUGCACCGGAGCCCGAUGACCAAAAGCCGUCAACCAGCAGGGCUGUUGCGAAGAACGGCCCGAGAGCCAGCCGCAAGGAGCGCUCGAGGAGCUCCCCUCCUAGCAGCACCGGCGAUGCGACUAGCGUGGCUCUGAACCGUCGCCGAGUCAGCAGGAAGGUGAGCCGAGGUCGAUCACGGAGCUCGUCCCGCAGUCACCGAGCCGGACGCACGCGUAAACACCGUAGCCGCACAAGUUCGGCCACGCGGUCCGAAGAAAGCCGCGACAGGAAGAAGAGACCCCGAGAGAGCCGCCAUCGUGCCAGGUAUAGCUCUGCAUCCUCAACGAGCAAGCGCUCGAAGCGAGGCGAAAAGCGACGCCGCUUCCACAGUCAUGGGGCCUCGGGCCGCGGAGGAAGGCGCGCAAAGUCAAAGAGGGCUUCGAGCGGCGCAUCUUCAACAGCACACGGGAGACGCACGAGGCACGGCAAGGGCACGAAGCGCCUUAAGAGAAAGUAG